UUUUUUUUUUUUUCUCUGCGGUGCCAAGACUUCCAUUUAUGCCAAAAGCUCUCCACUUAAACUUUUUCUAGAUUUUUUGUCCGCGGAGCUUUCCUUCGACUACGAACAACACGCUCUUUCACAUUAACUACUCAAAAUGCGUCAACUCACAGAACAAGAGACGAAAACUCUUUUCGAGAAAUUGGCCAACUAUACCGGUCGCUCGUUGAACAACCUCAUCACUACGUCUGACGACCCUAAUGACCGUUAUGUAUUCCGUCUUCAUGGAAACCGAGUGUAUUACGCGAGGCUAUCAAUGGUGAACUUAGCGAGUGCCUUCCCAAGACCAAAUAUUUUGAGUCUCGGAACCUGCCUUGGAAAGUUUACCAAGGGCGGCAAGUUCAUGAUGCACAUCACCGCUUUGGAUGUGAUUGCCCCGCACGCAAGAUACAAGGUCUGGAUCAAACCGAACGGAGAGAUGCCCUUCAUGUACGGUGGAAAUAUCGUCAAGGCACACAUCGGUAGAUGGAGCGAGGAUUGCCCGGAGCACGCAGGAGUUGUUGUUUAUAACAUGAAUGAUACUCCCUUGGGAUUCGGAAUCAGCGCUAGGAGCUCGGCUGAAAGUAAACGGCUUGAAGCGACUGCGGUUAUAAUUUUCCGGCAAGCAGAUGCAGGUGAAUUCUUGAGAUCGGAAGAUACUCUUUUCACGACGUAAAGGAAACUCGUUGCAUACGCGGGAUCGUUCAUGGAAGUUGGAUGCUAGAUACCUGGGGAUUCUCGCAGGAGUUCUGGAGUUGUCUAUCUGUCUUUAUAAAAAAGUUUUCGUCUUUGUUACUCAGCAUACUGGAUUCAUUAUCAUAUGCGAUUUCAAUGGCUCAUCUUCCUCCCGUCAACACCCAGUUAGUUUCUUCCUAAUAUGUCUUUCAAAACACACAACCACACUUAACUCAAUGGCUUUGUCCUUCCGCUUUAAUGCCGCUGUAGCCUUGUCCAUCCCGUUUGUUUCGUUUGUGGCUUAUUGAUAGAAAGAAUGGGGCCCCUUCGCAAGUAGUUAAAGAGCACAAAAGCCAAGGGUGCAUUAAAGAGAAUAACAGAGACAAAAAAAAAAAGAGGAAUGAAUAGUAUUGUGAAGAGAAUGAU